AUGGACGAAAUUGAGGAUGCCAUAAAUGCUCGUAUAUGCUCGUAUAUGCUUCUCGAGUUUUCCAUGACUAUGGACUUAGGUGAUGAAGAUGACAAUGGCCUCUCAGCUGCUAUACUCCCUAGCCCCACCGCACCCCGCAUUUAUUGUCCGACGCUCAGCAAUCCUGUCUUCUCCAACUCUCCGCGACAUUCAUUCAAACGACGAAUUCACAGGAUGCAGCUUGGUCUCACCGAGAGUCUCCCCGCUCUCGUUGCGAAACGCUUCACAGCUGCUAAGGACGCUGGCCAUCUGAUCUUCUCCCAAACUCAUCUUGAAAUCCUCCGCCCCGGUGGCGUUCCCUACCAACUCAGAUACUGCCCUGCUCUUGCAAAUAAACCAACCGGCAAGCCAAAAUCGGAUGAAGGAAGCCCAAAGAAAAGAUUUGACCCCUUCGAGAAUCCUUCCCCGGAGCUUUUGAUCGCACAUUUUCCGAAAGAAAAUCCAACCCACUUCCUCGUUCUGAAUAAAUUCCCCGUUAUCCCCAAUCACUUUAUUCUGGCGACGACUGCCUGGCGAGAACAAACCGAUAUAUUGGAAAAGGAAGAUUUGGCGGCGGCGUACGCCUGCGUGAAGGCGUGGAAUGAUGGAAACCAGUCGGGCGGCACCUCGUCCAAGAGAUUAUUUGCAUUCUUCAAUUCCGGUUAUGAAAGUGGAGCAAGCCAGCCACAUAGACAUCUACAAUUCAUCCCCGUAGAGGCAAUGGCACAAGACGACGAGACUGGCACCUGGAAGCCGCUAAUCGACACGGUCCCGUCACAGCCGGCGUCCUUUGGAUCAGAAUUUCGACGAGUGGCCGGGAUACCGCUCGCAAACUUCGCUCUUCCCCUACCUGCAGAUGCUUCUGCCGAGAAGCUUCACGAGAUAUAUCUAUCUCUGUACAAGGCUGCUGCAGUGGCAGCAGGAGUUCCCCGGAGCCAAUUACAGUCAAGUACAGGGCCGGCCAUCAUUAGCUACAAUCUUGCAAUGACCGAUUCAACAAUGAUGAUCUGUCCCAGAAAGAGUGUGAGCGCUGUUGUCUCAGUAGAUGAUGCAGCACGCAAAGAUAUUGCCGAAGCGGGCGUCGUUGAACUUAACGGGACACUUCUUGCCGGUACAAUGAUGGUGAAGGCUGAAGCGGAAUGGCAUGAGUUGCGUAGGAGCCCUGAUGCUUUGAUGAAGGUUCUCGCCUCCAUUGGAUAUCCUCAUCCGGAUCCAAGAGAGCUCUCUUUAUUAUGA